CUCUGUAUACUCCGUUCAAUUUGUUGUUUUAUCUGGCGCAUUUUUCGAGUUUUUAUUAUUAUAACGCUUUGGUAAGGUAUGAACAACCUUUGAUGUAAAAUUAUUGAUUGUAUGGAUCGAUACCUUUUAUUUUGGACUGUUGCUGUUAGUUAGAAGCUAAGUGAGCUGAGAACUUACCCGCAUCUCACAGGAGAAAUUAUUCCAACGGCAAUUACAUCCAAGUUGUCCAUUACAUUGUUCGAACACCAGUAAUGGUAAAGUAGAAACAACCCUUUAUUUUUCGGUUACUGAAUAAUUGGUUGUGUGGAUCAAUGCUUAAUUGCGCAAUUGCAGUUAGUCGGGUUCUGGUUAAACAGAAUUAAUACGCAUUUCGAAAUCCGUGAUCAUCAGAGAAUUCACUUCUACACGGGUCCCAGUUAUUUGAUUGCAUUGCAUCCUGCUUUAUUGUAGCCCAUUCAGAGCUGUCAAAUGCUAGCUUCGGUUAUCAGAUUAUCCUGACCAGACACUCUUGCUAAUUGUCGGUAGCUUACACUGCUAAAUUUAAAUUCACUGUGCUUAAUUGAUCGUUAGGUCGUUUUUUCUCUUUUGUAUUUCCUCAUACACCGCUCUUCACACUUCUGUGGUAUCAAACAUACGCCGGACAAUAAAUUACCAAUGGCUAAACUAUAUUGUUUAUGAAUAUGCCUGUUCUGUGCUCCUUAAGGAUUUUCCCGAUUAAUCAAGAACGGGGAAUUAUAGGCGAACUUUCGGAAGAUAUAGGUGGCAUCAGCUAAGGCGAUUCAGUGUUAAUACAAGCGACACUGCAACUAAAAGUCUCCUUUUUCUCCGACUAUGGAGAAAUAAUGAGACAUGUUCCUAAAUGUCUCGGGGCGAAACAUUUAUUAAUUCAUACCUUAAUUGUAGCCAAAUCGCUUAUUUUUGCACAAAUCUACACCAAAUCGUCUACUUUCCUUCCGACCUCACUCAAGCGCCUGCGCCAACGGUAUGUAUAUUCCUCCGGAUUUCGCCUUUCCAACAAAAAUGAUCAUUGGUGAGAAUGCUAAUUAACGCAUAUUAUCAAAUUUAUAUUGAUCAUCAGUAUUCAACAGAAAUAACAUGGACAUCAAAAUUCCUAUGGCAGCGAUACAUCCUCUUACUAACUGGCAAGUCCUAUUGUCAUCAAUUGCUAUCUCAAAAAGAAAUAGAACGUAUCAGUUUAUAAAGUGCCGGUGUAGCAGACGACAGUGAUAAGGAAGACGUACAUUACAGGAUUGAUUUAUAAAAAAAAUUCAAAAAAAUACUGGCGAUUCAGUUUAAAUAUUCAAUCAGAUAGCUUUCUAAAAACUUAAAAAUGCCACCUGAAUCGAGGAAGCUCGAUGAGGAUACUCUUGCUAAGUUGGAGUCGAGCAAUUGGCAAGAGCGAAAAGAAGUUUUGGAAGUAAUCAGUAACCAGUUAAAAUGUUCUACGUUGUCCGAUGCGAUCUGUGGGCUUGUAACUAAAGCAUUAUGUCAAGUAAUUACAUCUGAUAAACAUUCAAUGUUGGUAAUUCGUGCAGCUGGUGUCUUAUCUGAAUUAGCUCAAUCAAUGAAUAAUGGCUUUACCGUUCAUUCAGAACGUGCUUUAACUACUUGUUUAUUAAAAUUUAAGGACACUAAAGCUAACUUGUCUCUAGCUUUACGUUCGGCCACAACUGCCAUUGUGGAUACAAUGUCUUUUGAUCUGGCUUUAGUGCAUCUUCAGACUGCAUUGAGUACUCCAGUGGCAAAAACACAGACUGAAGCCUUGCGUUUGCUCGCUCACAUAUUUUGUAAAAGUAAUUUAAGGCGAGAACUUCAACUUUCACAACGCUUAAAAAUUUCAAAACCUCUUUUAUCUAAUGUUGCUAAAUUUUCUCAGCACAAAGCUCCGGAAUGCCGUGAUGCGUGUUUUCAGGUGUUUGCUGCAAAUCGCAUUUUUUUAGACUUUACCAGUGAGCAAUUCAAUGCCAUUAUUGAUAACAUGUUGGACGAAUCUCGACGCCUCAGAGUCGACGCUGCUUUCUUGCAGUUAAAUGAAGGUUUAUUACAAAACAAUAUACCCCAUGCAAAUUCUGAUCCGGCAAACUUGAUCACAAAAUCUAAAUCUAAAGACUCACGUGUUCAACAACAACUGUCCGACGAUUUCGACUUCCCUGUUACCCCUAUCAGAGCAUCACCUGGUAUUUCGAAUAAACCUGUUAAAAUUGGAAAACAGUCAUUACAUGAAGUUUUUAAAAAUCCUAUGCAAGGUCAUGUGUCAUCCAGUACACCAUUUUCAACGAAUCAAAAGUCCACAUUACAUAAUUUUAAACAAAAUAUUCAAGUAUCAGCUUUAAAAUCGAGUGUGUCGAAAAUCCCUUCUUCAAUACAACGUGAUGGAUUAAAACAACCUCCUGGGAAGGGUAAAGUGAAAGCAGGAAAUAAAAACGUUAUCAAGCCAAGAAUUGAAAAUUGUCAGCCUCAAGAUUUGAAUUUGUCUCCAGAUCAUUUACGGAACAGGCUUUCCGAAACAUAUUUCGUAAAUGUACCACUUGGACAAUUAAAUGAUGCUUCUUGGAAGAUUCGUUUACAAAUUGCUGAACGUAUCAAUGCUAUUAUUAACUCCAAUCCUCCAGAAUAUCCUGAUAUUCAUUACUUACUUCAGUAUAUUCUACAUUGUGGGACAGUGAAAGAUAAUAAUUUUCGUGUCCGUUGUGAAAUCCUAAAUAUCUUGUCGAAAUUAUUAUCACAAAAUAAAUCUCAAAAUUGGAUUACUACGACUUUGAUAAUAUCGCUUUGUGACCAGUUAUUUGCUACCAUUGGAGAUUCUAAAUCCGGUCCCUUAGUUGAACAAACUCUUCGAGAUUUAAUGAAUGUUAUAGGCUUUACAAAAACUGUUGAGUGCAUUAUUGCAGGUUUGAAGAAAAACGUUUCUCCUACAAUUCAUUCUUCACUCAUAAAGUGGUUAUCUUCGUCCAUAAGGUCGUUAGAUUCUAGUUUUGAUCACCUACCACUUAUAGAAAUUGUGAAAUUUGGACUUGGAUCUUCUUCACCUAUUGUGCGUAGUUCAGCAAUUGGAUUAGCUGGUGCACUUCAUGCUUGUUUACAUUCGACUGUCAAUAUUCGUCCAUUUUUCUCUUCUGAAAAGACAACAAUAUUACAACGUUUGGAAGCAGAAUUUGCAAAUAUUGAUGAAAAAUAUUCUGUUCCACUUUCGGAUACUAAAAACAAUAAUUCUACAUUCUCUGGAUUACUACAAACUUUAACACCAGCUGCUAUUGACGCAUGGUCGAUUAGAGAAAGAAGAAUGACAGCUCUGAUAGGAUCAAUUUCACCAUCACAAAGACUUACUAAUGCUGAAGGUGUUUUGGAAUUUUCUGAUUCAGAUGAAAGUCCUGUUGCGGAACGAAGUUCAGUACCGUACAAGAAAGGUUUCAUUGAAGCGGUAACAAGACAGCCUAUGCAAUUAGAAAACGUGCAUUGUAAUAUUGCCAGUAAAACAACUUAUAUGACUAAUUCCGAUACUUCUGAUACUAUUUUCUUUGUUGAGUCUAACGAUGAAACAGGUUUGUUACAAACUAAAGAAAUACGCUUGGAAAAUUUGAAAAAGCACCAAGAUAUCAAUAAAGAUAAGUUGCAAUAUCUAUUUGAUGAAUCACAUAUUCAUCCUAAUCUAAAGAAACAGUUAUUCUCCACGUCAUAUGAAGGUCGUCUGGAAGCACUUGAUAGAAUGAUUUCUUCAUUACAUAGAAAAGAUACCAGUGCAAUGCCAUCACCUUUAAUCAUCACAUAUGCUCAUUUCGAUUUAAUUUUAAUGUGGAUUGAAGAAUAUUGUUUUGGAUAUUGGUUGAAAGGUGAUUUUGAACAAUCUGAAUAUCAUAAUUGUAAAGCUGUUUUAGCUCGUGCCUUCGAUUAUUUAACUGCUGUAAUUUCGUUAUUUGCUCAAAAUGAUUUGAGGUUAAGUGAACAAGAAGUAAAUAUUAUUCUUAUCCCAUUAUUAAAUUGUCAACUUCAAUCAUUAACUGUACAUAAAGAUUCAGUUAUUUAUCGUGCUGCAUCUGAUUCAAUACAUCUUAUACGUCAAGUUUAUCCUCCUAGUUUAUUGAUGGACAUGCUUGUUAAAUAUAUGCAUCACUGUAGUACUGCAAAAAUGCGUCAGAUUUGCCUUGAUGAAUUACUUAGUCUUAUACCGCGUUCCGGUGACCUAAAAGGAUUUACUUCAGAACUUCAUCUAAAACUAAUUGCCCAGCAACUUGCUGACUCUGAUUCUGGAGUGAAGAAAUCUGCAUUGAAUUGUUUAUGUGUAGCCUAUAAGUUUUUAGGAUCCUUAUUUUGGCAGCAUAUUGGAAAUCUUCCAGAAAAUGAUAAAAAAUUACUUGAACAAUAUCUGUCAUCAUCUAAUACUGAUCCAACUUUGACUGUCUCGAAUAACUUUGAUGAACUUUCAAUGAAAACACCAUUUGAAUUUUUUAUAACAAGAGAUACUUCAGUAAUAACUGCACCUUAUACAGGAGAGUAUAGUCGUACUAAACGACCUAAAAGCCCACCACCUCUCCACUUGUCUCCAGCUGCCCCUUCUCUUUUAUUACCAUUAAUUACUGCACGUGAUAAUCCAUCUUUAAGUGAAUCAGACAGAAUAGCAGCUUCAAGUCAACUUACCGCAGCUUUAUCUUGUUUAGUUGAUCAGUUAGGAGGAUUUGUAUCUGAUGAUGAAGUCCAAGAUGAGAAUCGUGCACCGUCAACUGAAAACUUCCACCAGGUCUACACUGAUGAAAAUGAAGAUGACCGAUCAGGUUUCAAUAACAUCGUCCAUGGAGCUCUUAUCGACUUAGAAGUAUUAAUUCAAGAUCCUCGAACAUGUGAUCUGCUUCCACCUUUUAUGCCUCAGAUUAUUACUCAGUUGACGUUACUUUGUAAUCGUUUGUACAAAAGUGAAUCUAACGCAGGUCAAGCGAUUUUUAUGCAAUGUCUAGGCGAUGUAUUAAUAUGUAUUUUUACACGGCCUUUCUUAUUUCGUGAGGUUAAGGCUGACAAUUUAAAAUAUUUAUUGGGUGGUCUAAUACAACUUGCUGAACGAUUACAACUAAAUCGUAACACUCCUUCAUUGUUAACGAAUCCUCGUAUUAUAACCGUAAUGAUAUUAGUUCGAUAUAUUUAUACUGCUGUUGACCCUUCUAUUGGAUUGAGUGUUCUUUUACGUCUGGUUCAUAUUUGUUGUUUUGGUUGUGAUAUAUUAUGCCAUCGGAUCAAACCUGAAGGUCAGGAUAGUCAUCCCUCUGAUCCUAUACACAGUUUGGAUGAACCUUUCUCUUUAGAUAUGAAGUCGAUUUCUUUCGCCAAAGUUGCAUAUCUUUCACUUGCUCAACUUUCUUGUCGAAGUUCCGAAAUUAGAAAUUAUAUAAAUAAAAUUGAUUGGGGUUUAAUCCUCCCUUUUUUGGAACCAUUUCUUCCUGAUUCGUCUGGUGUAACAAAAUCGGUAAAAAUUAAAAAUCAUCAAUCUAUUCGUAUGGAAAUUUUACAGGAAACUGUAAAAGUUAUUCAAUGUAUGCUUAUUGAAAUUUACGGUUGUAUUGGUUCAAAAUUUAUAGAGGAAGUUGAAAAAUAUAGAGAUCAGUGUUCAUCGUUGCUACAUAUUGUAUACACAUUAAAAUCUAUUAUGCACGAUGCACCUUAUCCACAUUGUCGUAUCAGAUCAGAUUAAUGUGCAUCAGUUAGUCUCAGUUCCAGAUGAAAUAAAUGAUCAGUAACUUUUUAUGCGUAUAAACUGUAUAUAACAUUAUGAUUCAUUUAUGUGGAAUAUUUUAGCUUACUUUUCUGUGCCUCCAUUUUCUUUAUUGUUUUUUAAUACUAACAUAUUUUCAAAUAAAUUGUUUUUCGCC